AUGCGGAACGGCUUCGGUCUGCUCUACGUCCAUCGUUUCAUAAAUAUUCCCUUCCUCGCCCUCCAACGCCUUUGCCUACUGCGUCUACUAGCAGAGAACUCAAAGGCCUUUGCUGGUGUUCAGCAGGAGUUGGAUCGUGCGCUGACCAAUCAGGACUUAAUGUGUUCCUACGAGAAGUGCGUUUUUGUAUACGUUGACGUAUAUUCGUAA